GUUUGGCCCCUCAUGGCCAAGCGGCGCGCGGAGCCGUUAAUGUGUCACGUGGCCAUCAAACGGCUUCUGCGCGAGGCGCCGCCGCCGCUGCUCCGCGCUGCCGCGCCCGAGCAGCGGCCCCGGGGCGAAGGGGCGGGUGCCUGCCCUGUCGCUCCGAAGCGGAAGCUGGAGGAGACCGAGGUGCCGCCGGGCAAGCGGCCCGGGCUGCAGGGAAGUAGCCCCCGCAGAGAGAAGGUGGAUGGGGAGGACAGGCGGCGCGGCGAGACCACGGCGCUCGAGAACGAGCGGACGGCGGAGGGACGCGGCGGUGGCCGAGCCAAAUUGCGGACCGCCGCCACUGAGCAAGAGGAAGAAUUCUCUCAGUAUAACUCAUUCCUGUACUGGAGAGCACCUUUGCCUGCUAUUGAUUUGUCUGAUAUUCAGAACCUAGAUGGAGAGACUCCCCCGGAAGCUAAAACUCCUUCAAGGACUGAUACCAUGGAGACUGAAAUGGAGACCUGAUCAGUUAUUUCAUAGUUGUACAUCUACUUGCAGGAAACCUAUUUCCAUCUGGAUUCAGGUUUUUCUAUUGGGGAUAAAAAUUAGCAUGCAUCUGCCUUCUUGAAGAAACAGUGUUAUGUCAGUCUGCAAAAGCAAGUCUAAGUUGUCUAAGUGGAUGCAAUAAUCACUAUUAGGUACUUACUAUUAAGAUAUCUGGAGGUGUACAGUGUGAAGGAAGCUGUGAUGUCAGGCAAGAAUGUUUGAAAACAUGAAGGUAGACUAAAAGGAGAGUACAGAAAAUU